AUGUCUCUCAAGUAUAUCGACAACGCCAGAAAGAUUUUGUGUAUCGGCCGUAAUUACGCGGCCCAUAUCAAGGAGCUCAACAAUGCCAAACCUCAACAACCCUUCUUCUUCUUGAAACCGUCGUCUUCAAUCUUGAAGCCCAACGACGGGCCCUUUUUAGUGCCAAAGGGUGUUGUUGUUCAUCAUGAAGUUGAGUUGGCCUUCACUUUGAACCGGACUUUGAAGGACUUGUCGCCAGACUUCUCGGCCCAGGAAGCCUUGGAGUGUAUUGAAGGUUAUGCUCUCUCCAUAGAUAUGACAGCCAGAAACGUUCAGGACGAAGCCAAGAAGAAAGGCUUGCCCUGGUCUAUUGGAAAAGGUUUCGAUACCUUCUUGCCAUUGUCGAACUUUAUCCCUAAGGAAAAAAUCCCAGACCCUUACAAUGCCGAAUUGGUGCUUAAGAUCAACGGAGAGGUCAAACAGCAGGACAAGACAGAUUUGAUGAUUUUCCCCAUUCACAAGAUCUUGAGCCACAUGUCGGCUAUCAUGACAUUGGAAAAGGGAGACUUGAUCCUCACGGGAACGCCCAAGGGUGUUGGAGCUAUUGUUCCAGGAGACAAGAUCGAAGCAUACAUCAAGGUAGAUGGAGAGAUCAUCGAAGAAAUCAAGAUCGAAGCAGAGCAAAAGCCUGGACCAUAUGAAUACAGAGAGACUUGAAUGGCAAACAUUCAAUAAGACUUGAACAACAAUAAGAUAUCUAUCAGCAAUGUAGUCAUUUAUUAUCAUAAACCAUCAUUU